CUCCAGGAAGCAGAGGCUGUGGGGACAGUCGCAUGUUCAAAUGGAUAGACCUCAGUGAUUUUUGAGAGAUAAAGAUCCAUGCUCGCUCACCUCUGUGCUGUUACACAAGGACUGUACAUACUGUGGCUCAUUAUGGCUCAGGUGGCCGGUCAAGAGGAAAGAGAGAAAACUACUGCACUUAAAGAUUUGCUGUCAAGGAUUGACUUAGACGAACUGAUGAAGAAAGACGAACCGCCACUUAGUUUCCCUAAGACGCUGGAGGAGUUUGAGUAUACCUUCAAUGAAAAGGGCCAGCUGAGGCAUAUAAAGACAGGAGAGGCCUUUGUGUUUAAUGCCCGUGAGGAUCUCCAUCGUUGGAACCAGAAACGCUAUGAAGCCCUUGGAGAGAUCAUCACUCAGUGUGUUUAUGAGCUGCUGGAGAAAAAGUGCAACAUGACUAAAGAAAUCUUGCCAGUGGAUGCUACAGAGGACGAGCCCACCAGUUUUACCUUCCUGAGCCCAGAUGCCUUGUCUAAUCCAUCCAAGCUGCUGGUGCUGAUCCAGGGCAGCGGGGUGGUACGAGCUGGCCAGUGGGCCCGCAGACUCAUCAUAAACCAGGACCUGAACUCAGGGUCACAGAUCCCCUUCAUUACCAGAGCCAUGGAGGAGGGCUACGGUGUGAUAGUGCUCAACCCCAAUGAGAACUACCUGGAGGUGGAGAAGCCAGCCAAAUUGUGUCCCCUGCCUUCUCCCGCUGAACCCGAGGAUGAACCCGCCGAGAAGCGGGAGCGUAAAGACGACAAAGAGAGCAAGAAGAGAAGAGAAUUCUAUGAGAAAUACCGCAACCCACAGAAGGAGAGGGAGACGAAGCAGAUCCCUAUACGGGAGAAUGCGUCCCCGGAGGAACACGUGCUGUAUGUAUGGGACCACUUUGUAUCCAAAGCGGCGGCCAAGAAUGUCUUCAUCAUGGCCCAUAGCUACGGAGGGCUUUCUUUCGUUGAGCUGAUGAACGAGAGAGAAAUGGAGGUGAAGAACAGAGUGUGCGCUGUGGCCCUGACCGACUCCGCUCACAACAUCUGGCUGCAGGAGACCAGCAAGGGAACACAGGAUUGGAUGCAGCAGCGCUGUCGUAACUGGGUCUCAAGCCCGCAGCCCCUGGACACGCCUGUGAAACCGAUGCUACCAGACUGCCCACGUGUCUCUGCAGGCACAGAGAAGCACGAGCUGACCUCCUGGAUGAGUUUCGACUCCAUCUUCAAGUUCUUCGGCGAGGCUCUGGAGGCGGAGGAGGACGAAGAGGCGGAGGCCUCCAACACGGUCACCACACGCAGCAGCUCCCUCAAAAGCAAACACCAAGACUUGUAAAGGGGCGGCGACAAUGACUUAGUGCGAAAAAGGGAAGGAGCAGGAAGGGGGCGCUGCGGAAAAGGGAGGCCAAGAUUCCAGACUUGUGCAUAUUAUUCUUUUGCCGUUUACCUUCUCGCUUCCUGCCGCCAUCUUCCCUCCCUCGCUCUCCCCGCCGAGUGUCGCUUCUCCCUUCCUGCCCUCGCCGUCUCUCUCCCAGCACGCAUACACACACACAUGCACACACACAGAGGAGUGCAGGGUCACCGUGUAUACAUCACAAUAACGUUUUGCAUUACUUCUAGAUGAGUGCAACUGUCAAAGCAAUAUGGGCCUGAACGUCGGCGCUUCCCGUGGGCCGCGGCCCGGCUGCGGGUGCGGACCACGGCGGCAGAGAUUAAAGCUGACAAGCGCUGUGCACUGUGCGCUGUGGUGCACCUCUAAUUGUCCUGACAUCGGCCUGAACUAAGCUAAUGCCCCCGCCAGUCCUCCCAGUCUACACUGCCCCGGCCCCUCCCGCCUCUCUCUCCUCCCCCCAGGUCCUAAAGCCUGACCCGUUUAUCCUGGAAUCAGCUUGUGCAGCCGCAAUAUCCACCGCCAUCCUCUUGCCCCUCACCCACCACAUAUGCUUUAGGGUUUUUUAAGCUGUUUUUUUUUUUUUCUUCUUCUGCUUCUUUAACAAGCGAAACGCAGCCCUGCAGCCUGUUGUUCAUCCUUAAUGUUCAGAAACCCGACUUUUCUCAUUCGGCGCGGUGCAAAAUGUGCUCCUGUAAGCCGCAUCAGGUACCCUGGGGUUAGCCAUGGCCACGACAAGAGAGGCAUUACACUUUAUUUACCCUGUUUGUUUGUUUUUUCUUCUUCUUCUUUCUGAUGAUGUACAUCCUCACCGUUUCCCUUGUAUAAAAACACACAAACACACACAAUAUAUAUAUAUAUAUAUAUAUAUAUAUAUAUAU